GAUUGGCUGCUUUUGUUCUUUUGAAAUGGAAGUGUCCCUCUUCCUUUUUUUUUCAGGGGCCCUCACAAUGGGAAGACCUCUUCAGUACAGUAAUGUGACCCCCCUGCGUGGACUUCGAGUGGUGCUGUGGGAUGAUUGAUAAUGAUGCACGGAAUAUAAGAUUUAAAAAAAAAGAUGGUUCCGCAGGCUCCUCAUAGGCAUGAGAGGCCCGACUGCCCCAGGGAAGAAUUGAGCUGCCUCCUGGUUGGUGAUGGAGCCGUGGGGAAGACCAGCAUGAUCAUCAGCUACAUCUUCAACGGCUACAACAGCGAGUACAGGCAGACGGCUUUCGAUGUGUUUACUGGUUUGGUUUAUGUGAAUGGAGUACAAACACGACUUAAGCUAAUAGAUACAGCUGGACAGGAUGAGUUUGGCCAUCUUCGAACUCUAUGCUACGCCCACGUGGACGUCUUCAUCCUGUGUUUCAGCCUCGUCAAUCCUGUCUCCUUCGACAACAUCUCGUCCAAGUGGAUCCCGCAGAUCCGUGGUCGGAACCCCGCCUCUCCCAUCGUCUUGGUAGGGACCCAGUCUGACCUUUGCCACGACGCCGACAUCCUCGUUGAUCUUGCCGGGCGGCGUGCCAAACCGGUGGCCCCGGGCCAAGCCAGGAGGCUGGCGCACAGGAUCCGAGCUUGUGACUACAUGGAGUGUUCAGCUCUGACCCAGAACUGCCUCAAAGAUGUCUUUGACGGCGCCAUCUUUGCUGCCAUGAAGCACAAGCGCAAUGUUGGAAAAGCCAAAAAGCUCAAUUUGCUGAAAUGCUUUAAGACUUUUUCGGAAUGUGGAUGGAGGAGAAUCUUUAAAUGAAUUUUGCAUUUUUUUUUUAUAAAUCUAUAUUGUAAAUAUUUGUAUAUUAAAGGUUUUAGGGUUUUGACAAUAGCUCCUCUUAGGUGUUAUUUCUUUUUCAAAUUGUCUGGUGUUCACGAUAAAAUCCCACAGACUUGUGGGUUCCCCACCCUUGAUUAAUUCGAUGAACAAAUCAAGAUGGACAUCAUGUGGCUGCCACUUACUUUUUUUCUUCUUUGUUGUUUUCUCCAACCGCUGUGUUGUUUUUACGCUUAUGUUGUCAUACAUAUUU